UCGUUGCCACCGCUUGCACCCUCACGUAUAGCUGAAAUGACCCUACGCAACUUACCGUCACAGCAGGUCGUCUGUAAGCUCACUGUUACCAAUCCGUCCGACCGACCAGUUCUGCUGCAACCCCUUCUCCUGGAUGCUCUUCUGCCCGGGGAAGUUGAUGUCGACGAAAUGGAUUUGGCUCUGAAGAAGCUGAUUCCAGACUUCGUGAAGCUUAUGGACUCACCGUUUGAGAGCAACCAUUAUCUGAGUCAGGUAGGACCUCCGCCCCUCUCUGUCACCCCGAAAUGCUUCCAUGAGCCCCGAGUUAUCCGGUCGGCCUGCCACUUUCCAAGCCAUGACUCUGUUUACAUGCCUGUUGUUACUGAAUACGCCCCCUGUGAUCUUUCCGAUAUCAUCCGAGCCAAUAUCAGGAAACGGAGACACACGCCAUACGGCGAUGGUUACAAUCGGGGCAUGGCACACUUCCACCCAAUUCACUUUUCUUAA